AUGAUGGGUAGUAGUAGUAGUCAAGACCAAGAACAAAGGAAUCAGCCCAAGAGAAGGCCUAGAGGUAAGGAGAUAAAUUACAGUGAGAAGGAUGCUGAUCAAGAAUUGGCAAGAAGACUUUUGCAAUUUGAAAAAGAAACUUCACGUCCAAGUGGCAGCUCAAGUAAUUCUCUUAAGAAACCGGCUUCAGGUGGCAAUUCCAGGAAAAGUACACCAUCAAAUAGUCAUAGCAAUAGCAGCACCAACGUUAGUGGUACCAAGUCCUCGAAGUCCAAGUAUCAAAAAUAUAUUACAGAUAAGACAUUGAGCUGGAAUCUAAUACCAACUAUACCUCCAUCGUUCCGAAAGGAUAGUAGAUUUUCUAACGUCCUAGAGUUAGAUGACGCCCUCGUAAAUAUCAAAACACAAGUGUUAUUCAACGACGAAGCUAUCUUGUUAAAGAAAGAUGAAACAAUCUAUAUGGUCUCCGAACCACCAGGCGAACCUUACUAUAUUGGGAGAAUUGUAGAAUUUGUGGCCAAGCAAGAAUUUGCUGACCUAAUCGAUAACGGUAAAAAACUUACCGAUUCUUUCCCAGCUAAAUACUUUAAUGUAAAUAUGAAUUGGUAUUAUCGUCCGAGGGACAUUAGGGAAAGAAUGACUGAAAAUUUUGAUUCGAGGUUAGUUUAUGCAUCGUUACAUGAGGAUAUUUGUCCCAUCGGCUCAUACCGUGGGAAGUGUUUAGUACUACAUAAAGAUGAAUGGAGGGACGUUUUACCCAAUGAAUUGGAAACGAUUGUGAGACCGAAUGUGUUCUUCUUUGAUCAAUUAUUUGAUCGAUUUACACUGACUUAUUAUAAUGUGUUGAGUACAACUAAGUUGCUCAAUACCUUGAAUAGCAGAUCAUCGUUUUUAUAUGCUUUGAAUAAACGAUUUAGAUUUGUCUUUGUUGAAGAGAAUUUUCCUCUUGAACAAUUCCUCCAAAAAUAUGUAUUCAAAGAAAAAGCUAACAUUGAUUUAAGCCGAAACAUGCCAAAUGAAGAACGAAGUAAUUGGGAUUCAAGGUGCUAUUUUUGUAAAGAAUGGUGCCAAGGUAACCAAAGUUUGUGUUGUGAUGAAUGCAAAGUUAUGGCCCAUUUGUAUUGCCUGGAUCCACCAUUAGAAAGAAAACCAAAUAAGGGUAUAGUAUGGAUUUGUUUCAAUUGCCUGAAACGUCAAGAAAACACAUCGGAAUCAUUGGCCUUACUAGAAAAGGAAGAAACUUUGGAUAAAAAAGCAAUUUUGGAUAACAAAGAUAAGAUCGAUGCAAUAGCUAUUCAAAAGAUUCGUUCUAAUAUACUUUAUAAUAAAGAAAAUUGUUGGUUUCAAUACUUGGGUCAAUCAAUAGUAUGCCAUGUGUACGAUGUGUUGGAUGAAAACUUCUUUGCUCCAUAUCCUUUCAAAUGUUCUCGUGUUGGUACCCGCUACCAGUGGACAGGUUGUAAUAACCUCGAAAAAUGGAAAUUGGAACCAUACGUCGACGGUCCCAACACUGAUGCUAAAGAUAGAGUGGAAAGAGGUGAUGAUGCCGAUGAUACAGCAAAACUUUUAUGGAAGUUUGAUGCCAGUAAGAUCAAGAUGGAAGAAUUUGACUCAUAUCUUCGGAACUGUAAAGAAAGUAUACCCGAUUCUAUUGAUGUUUUCCCUGAAAGAUGUAAUUUCUUAGAUUAUGUUGUUACUACUUUAGUAGAAUGUGAUUAUGAUACAGCAGCUGCGCUCAAAAAAUGUGGGAGUACUUUAACUAGAGACUUAUUGAAAGAGCCAACAUUUACGCCGGAAGAACUAAAGCGGUUCGAAGACGCAGUUAGAAAAUAUGGUGGUGAAUUAAGGCCUGUUUGCGAAGAAGUUAAAACUCAACCGAUGGCUAUGAUCGUUAGGUUUUUCUAUAAUUGGAAGAAAUCAACAAGAGGUUUACAGGUUCGUGGUAAAUCUAAGGAAAAAAUCGAAGCUUCCAAGAAGCUCUAUUCCUUACCGGAAUUAGAAGGGCGUGCAUCAAAUGGAAUUGGUAACGAAAGUACAGAAUUAGAAGUGGAAACCGCAUAUCGUGAUCAUCUCCGAAAAUCUAUUGUCAGAAGGCAUGACCAACCCGAAUACAAAUAUAUUGAUGAUUCAUCUUUCGAUACAGAGAACUUGUCGCUGUCCAACACUUCAUUUGUAUGUAUGUUCUGUACAGUGGAUUAUUCUCCAAUGUGGUAUAAAGUUACAGGUGGCUCUGAUGAAGAAAUAAUCAGAAAUAGAAUACAAAAAGGUGUUAAUGAAAAGGUAGAAUCCACUUUAAAGAAUAAUGACGAUGGGCCACUUGGUGCAUUAUGUAUUAGAUGUGCAAGAUUAUGGAGAAGGUAUGCCAUUAGGUGGCAGCCCCCCCUCGAUGUUUUAAAAAAGUUAGCAGGAACAAGUACAGCAGCCUUCAACUCUUCAUUAGAAUCAAUUCUAGAAGUUACCAAUAUAAAUGGAUUUGCAUCGUCACCAGAACAAGCACAUAAUAAGCACUUAGAAUGGGAGUUAGUCCAAGAUUCCGAGUUAAUUGCUCGACAACGUUUGAAAGCAAUGGAUGAUCGUAAGACUCUGCUGAAAUUAAGAAGACACGCUAUCUCUUUCCAUGGGUUGCUUUAUAAGAUGGUUUAUAGACCAUUUAAGAAAGACGAAUUUCGGUUAGAUGUCAUGAGAACAAACUUGGAAAACUUCUUGAAAGAUAUCGAAGUAAAAACGGAAAAGCAGAAAAAAAAUGAUAUGAGAAAGAUAAAACAAAUAAUAUCCUUACAAAAAGAUACUGAUGAUGAGGAGGUGAUAACUCUACCUUCAGAAGGGAGCAAAACGACAACUAAGACAUCAAAGAAACGGCCCUUGAAAAGAAAAAUUGAAGAAACUCAAGAUGAUGAGGUUAAGAUACCAGAAGUUGCAGCACUCCCACAGAACAAUUUAGAGUUGCCCAUUCCUUUAGAGAAGGAAACGCAAGGUAAAAUAACUGUUGAUAAAAACUUCCAAUAUGUUCAACUUGAUAGCAAUAUUUUGCAAACCCUGAAUUCUAGAAGAAGAGGUGCUGGCAAACCCCUGCCAAGUGAUAAAAAGGUAGCAACUGGGAAUGAAAUGGAUAACUCAAAUGGAGACAAAGAUUAUACUACUAUACCAUAUGAACCCUACAUUCCUCUUGUACUAGAUAAUAGCAACACAACAAAUGUCCUUUCGACAUAUCACGAAAUGACAAAAAUAUAUGGAAAUGUUAGGCCUUAUAAUGUUCUGCAAGACUUGAAUGUCAAGACCAGAGCUACAGAUUCUUCUAUUGUGACAGAAAUAUCUUCUAACAUACCGGGGAAAACAUUUAGUUGUUCUAUAUGCAAAGAACAAGGGCUAUUUAACGACUGUUUAGAAUGUACAAACUGUGGAUUAAAUGUACAUGGUUCUUGCUAUGGUACUGGCCCACAAAAGAAAGAAAAUGAUGUAAUGCUCUCGGUUCCAAAUAAUUAUAAGUGGUUAUGUGACCCAUGCUCUAAUGACCUCAAUCCAAUAAUCUCAACCACUUACAGUUGUUGCUUAUGUUACUCAAAGGAUUUGGAUUACACAGUUUAUAAAAUCAGUGAAUCUAAUGCGUGUGUUAAUGCAUUGAAACCAACUAUAGACGGUGCAUGGUGCCAUGUAAUUUGUGCUCUUUUUAAUGAUGAUAUCAAAGUUCAAAAUAGCAAUAAACUUCAACCAAUUUGUAAUACAGUAAGUACCAUUAUGAAAAAUAGAGCAAACAAAUGUGAUAUUUGCCAGCAAAAUGGUGGCGGCCUCUUGCAAUGUCAAUGUUGUAAUUCCAAUGUCCAUGUUACAUGUGCGCAAGAAUCAAAUCUACAUGAUCUGUGGUUUAUUCGAGAGAUCGUGGAUUCUACAUAUAAGUUACGUCGAAAGAUUUUUAAUAAGGAAACCAAUGAAUAUUAUAUUCUCAAACCUGCUAUAAUCUGCAGCAAUCAUACCAGUCCUGACUUGCCAGGGGAUUGUUUGAAAUUAACUUCAGUAAUCGAUGAUAUUGGUGUUAUGCAACUUUAUUGGAGGGCAUAUAAAGAAACUUCCAAUACUAACACGGUAUGCAAUAGAUAUAUUGAACAAAGUUUGUGGCACAAGAAAAGUAAUAAAAACGAAUCGCUAACGUUAUCGCCUAGCCAAGUCCCUGAGAACGACUAUGUUUCCAGCAAUACGAAACAAUGUGUUUACUGCUCCACUACAGAGAGUAUUUUCUGGUAUCGUGAUAAUAUAUGCCAUGCGUGUACUGUCUUACAAUCUUCAAAGAGUAUGAAGAAAAGUGAGAAGGAUUCUACUCCGCAGCGUGUUAACUUUAUGGAACUAAAUGCAAUACCUGAAGAUAUAAAGAUUACUUUAUUAAGUACCAAUGCGGUAAAAGAUGGCGAAAAGAAUUGA